GCCGGCGCUCCGGCCCGCCCCGCUUAAAGGCGCCGCAGACGCCCCGUCGGGGAAGGAGGGAAGGAAGGAAGGAAGGAAGGAAGAGGCGCGCCGCCGAGCAGCCCGCAGGCAAGGCGCCAGGCACUCGAUCUGCCCCAAAGCACACAGUCACCGCUGGGAAGGUCUGAGAGACUCGGCCUGAUAAGGAGGCCGUUGACGGACACCCUGCGGCCCAGGACUGGCGCCCCGGAACGUGCUUCCUUUCCCCGUGGCAAAGAGUAAUGCUCCGCCCCAGCCUGCCGUAGACCACGACGACGAUGGAUCCGCCGCCGCUUUCGGGGGAAGAUGGGAGCGGGCCAGGUUCUAAAAGGACCCUGAAGCGGUACCUGGUGAAGGCCCUGCACCGCCUCCAGAAGGGCCCUGGCUACACCUACCGGGAGCUCCUGGUCUGGUACUGCGACAACACCAACACCCACGGCCCGAAGCGCAUCAUCCGCGAGGGCCCCAAGAAGAAGUUCACGUGGUUCAUCCUGACGCUGCUCUUCGCCUCCCUGGUGGUCUGGCAGUGGGGCAUCCUCAUCAACGCCUACCUCUCCUACAACGUCACCGCCUCCCUGGCCAUCGGCUUCAAGAGCAUGACCUUCCCGGCCGUCAGCAUCUGCAGCGCCAGCCCCUUCAAAUAUUCCCUGGUGAAGAACCGCCUGAAGGACCUGGACAGACUCAUCCACGUGGCCCUUGAGCGGCUGCUGUCCCCGGGCCCCCAGAACGGGACCGAGGCCCCCCCGGCCAACGCCAGCCAGAAACUGAACAUGAAGCUGUGGCGGCAGAUCCCCCUGGUGCUGAUCGCCGAGAGCCCGGGGGGCGAUCCGGUCGUCACUGACCUCCUGGGGGACGGCUCUGGCCCGCUCCCCACGAACUGCCCUGCCAUUGCCGCCGAAGAACCCACCUGCAAGCUGGCCAUCAAACUGUGCCGUCAGAAUGGCACCGAGUGUGAAUACCGGAACUUCACCAGCGCCGUGCAGGCGGUGUCCGAGUGGUACGUCCUGCAAUCCACCAGCAUCCUCUCCCGGAUGUCCAUGAGGGAAAAGAUGAGCGCGGGCUACCAGGCCAAGGACAUCAUCCUGGCUUGCCUGUACGGGGCACAGCCCUGCAACGUCAGAACCCCCCCCCGCCUCUACCACCCGGACCACGGCAACUGCUACAUCUUCAACUGGGGCAUGGAGGAGAAGCCGCUCCUCUCCUCCAAUCCGGGGGCAGAGUUUGGGCUGAAGCUCAUCCUGGACAUCAACCAGACGGACUACCUCCCCUUCCUCACCUCGACAGCCGGGGCCCGGCUGAUGCUGCAUGACCAGAAGAGCUUCCCCUUCCUCAAGGACGAGGGCAUCUUUGCCAUGGCCGGGACCGAGACCUCCAUCGGCGUGAUGGUGGACGAACUGCAGCGCCUGGAGUAUCCCUACAAUGACUGCACCGUCAACGGCUCCGACAUCGGCAUAGAGAACCUCUACGAAAACUACUGGGCGCUGCAGAAGGAAAUGAAGUCCUGCGGCAACUGCACGUUGGAGGAAGCUGCCGAGAGGAGCGCUGCGAAAAGCCAACUGAGGACGACAUAUUCCAUCCAGGCCUGCCUUCGCUCCUGCUUCCAGCAGCAGAUGGUGGACACGUGCCAUUGUGGCCACUCCACCUUCCCUCUGCCCGAAGGAGACAAGUAUUGCAACAACAAGGACUAUCCAGACUGGGCCCAUUGCUAUUCCACCCUGCGUGGGAGCCUGACCCACCGGCAGUUCUGCAUUGAGUCCUGUAAGGAGACUUGCAACAACACUCAGUAUAAAAUGACCAUUUCCAUGGCGGACUGGCCGUCGGAGGCGUCUGAGGACUGGAUCUUCCGCAUUUUGUCCUACGAGAGGAAUAAGUCGGAAACCAUCACUCUGAACAAGAGCGGCAUCAUCAAGUUGAACAUCUAUUUCCAAGAGUACAACUACCGCACCAUCUUGGAGGCAGCCACCACAACGAUGGUGUGGCUCCUCUCGAACCUGGGGGGCCAGUUCGGCUUCUGGAUGGGGGGCUCCGUCCUCUGCCUCAUCGAGUUCGGAGAGAUCAUCAUCGACUUCCUGUGGAUCACGAUCCUCAACCUCAUUGGCUGGUGCAAAGGGCUGCGGCAGAGGCGGGGCAAGGCCCCCCCGACAGCCCCUCCCACCGUGGCGCAGCGGGUGGAGGCCCACACCAACCGGGCCUUCCGGGAGGACGAAGCUGCCGCGCGUUACCUGCAGGCGGAAACUGCCUGCGAACCGGGCACACCGCCACCCAACUACGACUCCCUCCGCGUCUCCACCCUGGGCAUGGGGGAGCUGGACAGCGACGGGGAGGCGUCCUUGUCGGACCACAAGAUGGCUUAAAGGGCCUUUGCCUCCGUGCAGCAGGGCCAGAGAGCCCGGGGGAGCCUCUCUCCCUUCUCUUCUGGUGAACAGCCCUUGACUCUCUCUUUGGUUCCUCUCAGGAGGGGGCAGUUUCAGAUUUAGUGCUCUGGGGGGAGGGGGUGGCGGCAGGAGUUUGGGGGGAAACGCCCUUGGCUGCUUCUCUGUCUGACACGUGAAAAGACAGUUUUGUCCCAGCCAAAGGGUGGGUGGUGGCAGCCUUAGGAAGCCAGGCCAGGGGUGAAUUAGCAGGUUCUGAGUGCGGAGGGAGAGGCAGAGGGAGAGAUUUAAUCACCUGGUCCGAAAAGGGAGCUGGACUUGCAGGAGUGAGAAGCGACCCCCCCACACACACUACUCUUAAGCCUGCCUGCCGUGGUGCCUUCACUUGGGGGGGGGGCAGCUGCAGCAGUCGCUUAUCCCAGCCUGGCCCGCUGGCCACCAUGCUGGGCGGGUGGUGGCAGAAGAGAUGGAUCGAGGAUGCACCUGCGCUCCACCUGGUCUGUGGGAAAGAGCACGCCUGUCGCUGUGUGUUGGGGAAAAAUAGCCUUUAACGAGCCAAUAAAAAUGC